AUGAAGUACUCAAUCAUCUUUGCUCUCGGCUCCGCAGCGCUGGCUGUAGCGGCUCCCGUCACUGUUGACGUCAACAGCCGUGAUACCACUGUCGUUACUGGCGGCACUGGCAUUGGGUUCGAAGGUAGCGGCCGUGGCGGCAACGUCGCCAACGGUGGUGAUGGUGGUAACACUCGCAAGGGCAAUGGCGGCAAUGGAGGUGCUGGCGGCAUCGCCAAACGCGAUACUACUGUCGUCACCGGUGGUACUGGAAUUGGCUUCGAAGGCAGUGGUCGCGGCGGUAGCGUUGCCAAUGGUGGCGACGGCGGUGCUGGUGGCAUCGGACGACGCUCGACAGUCGUCACCGGUG